CAGGGAGCGGAGAGUCGCCAUCUGCACACCCAGCAAUUGUCGCGGCAACCACCCGACAAGAUGCGCCCAACACCACAGUACUUCGCCCAAGGUGGCUUUAUUUCGCGUAGCUUGGAUGAAUUCAAACGCCUCUCGAAGUUUGCUCUCAAGCUCGAAGGCUUGAGCACUCCCCGUAAAGCAUUUCCUCUGAUGCGGUUCGAUACAGCCGAAGAUCUGCUGCAAUGCAAGAAAAUGAGUGACCAGGGCAUUGGGGGCUACUCGACCGUCAACUUCGAUCACCACCCUGUUACCCAGACCGAGCCCGCACACGCACGCUUCCACGGCACCAUAUCCACACGGCUACCGCACAACCAACCGCACGUCCAGAGAACAGGAUUUGCGGGCUUCAGGACACUUGAGAGGGGUCGUACCAUCUUUGGCCCGUCGUUCUGGGACGUGAGCUUGUACGGCUAUCUGGCGCUGCAAUUCAAGUCAGAUGGGCGCAAGUACUUCGUAAACGUACAAACCGACUCGAUCGUACCCACAGACAUCCAUCAGCAUCUGCUGCAUUCGAAGACACCAGGAGAGUGGGAGACUGUGCUCAUCAAGUGGAGCGAGUUCGUGCGCACGAACCAUGGUCAGGUCGUAGAGCCGCAGAGGGAGAUGCUGACACAGAAGGUGCGCACAGUGGGCAUCUCGCUGAUAGACCGGAUACCUGGUCCUUACGAUCUUAGCAUUGGCAACGUCUGGGCGACGAACGCGACUAAGGAGGACGACAUUCUUCGCAGCACGCCCGGCGUUAUCCAGGGCCUUCCAUUAGGGUCGCGAAGGCAAGGCGAUUACAACAAAAAUGUUGGAAGGAAGGACUCUGUCCAGGAGGAGGUAGUUCGCGAUAUCACGGAGACAAAUCGAUAGAGUUGAUCGAGGCCCGUCACUUUCAGCGUUGUCAAUUUCCUGGCGUUUCUGCGGUAUUCAGAACUGUAUAUGUACAGAGAGAUGUUCGACAAAUCAUUGUGCGACUUGAACAUGUCCAUUUCCAGUAUUUCCGUUGCAGGUUGGUGAAAUGGGCUCGAACAUGAACGUGACUGCGCGUUUAGGCGUUUCGCUUACCGGUAGGCCGCGCUUGCCCUACAUCGCGUGAAACAAC